AUGCUGAGCAUAGCCCUGAGCCUUCAGAGUGGCACUUGGACUGAGUCUCUGUCUCUGCUCUUGGGGCUUGCCGCGGCCCUCUACGUGGGCUACUACUGGACAUGUGUGCCCCAGAAACCUCAACUGGUCACAGGGCCCCAGUUCCUGGCCUUCCUGGAGCAACACUGUCCAGUCACUAGAGAGACUUUCUACCCUACACCGUGGUGUUUUGAGGGGAGGCUACAAACCAUCUUCCGUGUCAUACUGCAGACUCGGACCCCAGUCUCUUAUAGGAGUGAAGUCCUCCAAACCCCAGAUGGAGGACAGUUCCUGCUAGACUGGGCUGGCCAGGACGGCAGCAGUCAAUACCCUGACCCUACCACCCAGCCCAUUGUACUACUGCUUCCUGGCAUUACAGGCAGUAGCCAGGAGACAUAUAUCUUGCACCUAGUUGACCAAGCUUUGAGAGAUGGAUAUAGGGCUGUCGUAUUUAACAACCGGGGCUGUCGUGGGGAAGAACUGCUGACUUACAGGACCUACUGUGCUGCCAAUACUGAAGAUCUGGAGACAGUUAUGAACCACAUAAAGCACCGCCACCCCAAAGCUCCCCUGCUGGCUGUGGGCAUCUCUCUUGGAGGGAUUCUGGUGCUCAACUACCUGGCACGGACGGGGCAGGCCGCUGGGGUGGUAGCAGCACUGACUUUCUCUGCAUGUUGGGAUUCCUUUGAGACCACUCGCUCCCUGGAGACCCCACUCAACCGGCUCUUCAAUCAACACCUCACUGCUGGACUCUGCAGAUUCGUGGGCCGAAACAGAAAGGCUAUUGAAAAAAUGGUGGAUGUAGACUUUGUGCUACAGGCCCGCACAAUUCGCCAGUUUGAUGAGCGUUACACAGCUGUAGCUUUUGGAUAUCAAGACUGUGAUGUCUACUACCGCGCAUCAAGCCCAAGAACCAAGGCAGAUGCCAUCCAAGUCCCUGUGCUCUGUCUCAAUGCAGCAGACGACCCUUUUUCUCCCGACAGUGCCUUUCCCCUCCAGACCGCCCAACAGUCUCCCCACCUUGCACUGCUCAUCACAGCCCGAGGUGGCCACAUUGGCUUCCUUGAGGGGCUGCUCCCCAGGCAGCAUUGCUAUAUGAAUCGCAUCCUGCACCAGUAUGCCAAAGCCAUCUUCCAGCACCCAGAGGAGCUGCUUAACCUCAGAACUUGCCUACCUUCCGAGAGAGGCAAGAGCUGA